AUGGACGAAAAUAAGAAUGAAAUCGAAUUGCUUCGUAUUGAAAACAAAGAUUUGACGGCAAAAUUAGAAACAUUGAAGCAGAAGCGAAAAGAUGAUUAUCCAAAACUUACGGAAUAUGAAAGGAAUGUUGCUGAAUUGGAAGCAUUACGCGAAUUUAAAAUUAAAUUGGUUGAAAGCAAUUCAAAAUUACAACGACAAUUACAGGAAAAGGAAAAGGAAUUGAUUGACUUGUCGAAAAUAAGUCAAGAAAAACUUCAACGGUUAUCAGAACUUGAGGAACAACUUGAAAUAACAACAAUUGAAAAGGAAAUGGCUGAAGAGAAGGCAGAACUUCUUCAGGCCGAAAUUGAAAUUGAAAAGCAGCGUAUACAACAACUGGAAAUAGAAUUGGAUUUGUUGCGGAGUGAAAUUGGCCCAGAAAAAAAUGGUAUAUCACAGGUCGGUGCUCUAAAAAAUGAUGCUUUGUUAAAGGAUGACGGGAUGCAGCUCAAAAUGUUGGAAUGUCAGAAUAUGAAAUUAAGGGAAGCAAUAGUAAGAUUGCGCGAUAUUAUCGGUCGGCUAGUGGAAGACAAAAGAGAACUGGCACAAGAAAAUGAGAUGCUGAAGAGUGAAUCGGCUGCUGUAGUAAGGAUUUGUGAAAAUUUGAAAAAUGAACUUCAAAAAGCCGAGCGGACAAUAAUUGUGCUAAGAGAGCGGUUGGUUGAUAUGAGUGAAAGGAUUGAUGCGACGGCAGAUAGUGAGAAAAUGAUUGAAAUUCUAACAGAAAAAAAUAUGGAUUUGGAAAAAAAACUAAGCACGUUAGAAGAAACCGUUGAGGAUUAUGAGGCAAUCAGAUCGAUGGAUGAAGAAAUUCUUGAAACGCAAAAGGAAGCUGAAAAAGAACUUCGACAGGAACUGGAUUUAACAAAUAUUCGUGUUAGUAAUCUUUUGGCACAAAUUAAAGUAUAUGGCGAGCAGGUGGAUGAAUACGAAAAAAUGAUCAUGAAAUUUCGACGAAAAAUUGGUGAAUUGAAUGAAGAAAUUCAAGAAAGACAAGAUGAAAUCAUUAAUCUAAACGAGCAGCUAAAAGGAGAAGAAGAUAACAACCUAAUGUCGAUGCAAAGUACGCAGCUUACUACAGCUACUCGAACAUUUGCUGAAAUCGUGGAUAGAGAGAUGUCUGCCCUGGAAUUGAAGUACGAAAUUGAGUUGUCAGAUUAUUUGAAAGCAUUUCUGCCUGAUAAUUUCUCGAAACCUGGAGGAGACGGUGAUGCAGUUCUGCUCACUAUUCGUUGCUCCCGUCUUUCGGCUAAAAUAACUGUGUUGAUAAAAUUAUUACAUCUUAAGUACCCGUUUGCAUCUGGCGGAAUACGUCGUGAACACGUUACGAAAAGUCACAAAGCGGAGCAGUGGGCACAUUGUGCAAAGUUUUCAUUUUUGUUAAGCAAUUUCGGCUGUGCUGUUCGGCAGUGUGAGAGUGUAGUCCGUCGAUGUACAGUGGAGAGACUAUCACGUUUGGCACCGCUGCAAAGUGAUAUUGCAAAAGAGGAAGGAAUUAUUGAUCAAUACAUUGAUUUACUUAGGAGGGAUAAAUUUGAUGAAAACACAUCUACUGACGGUGUAAAUAAAGCAAUCAAUCAUUUGGAGGUUCAUUUCUUUCUUAUAAUGCUUGGACAGAAAAUUUAA